AUUUCCGACUGCACUAUCAGUUCAGGAGAACAACAGAUCAUCCAAAUCUAUCGCUCUCCAAAAUUAAUCGCUAAAAUCACUCACACACUAUCUAUCUCUCUUGAAUUUCAUACCAAAGCUUCUCUUAUGGAGGGUCUAUGGAGAUCGGUGACGGGUCAAGAUCCGAGCUCGGAAGAGUACAGCGGCGUCGAAUUUUGGUCCCGUCCGGAACGUGCCGGGUGGCUGACCAAGCAAGGCGAGUACAUCAAGACCUGGCGCCGCCGAUGGUUCGUCCUCAAGCAAGGCAAGCUCCUCUGGUUCAAGGACUCCAAUGUAACCCCGGCCUCUGCUCCUCGCGGCGUUAUAACCAUGGGAACCUGUCAGACUGUGAAGGGCGCCGAGGAUAUCGUCCAUAAGCCCUGCGCUUUUGAGCUCUCGGGAUCAGGGAACUCACUUGAGACCAUGUACUUCAUCGCCGAUACCGAGAAGGAGAAGGAGGAGUGGAUCAACUCAAUUGGACGAUCGAUUGUCCAGAACUCACUCGCGCUCGCCGAUUCGGAGAUCGUCGAUUACGAUGCUCGGCGUUGAUUGAAACGUAUGGAGAAUAUUGCUGAAUUUUUGUGUAAGAAGAAGAUAUUAGACAUAUGUCUAGUGUAAAAAUUGUUAUUAAAAUAAUUUGGGGUGUUUCUUUAAUUUUUCUUGUUACUUUGCUGUAUGCAUGUUUCAGUUUUGUUGACUUAAAUAUAUAUUUAUAUUUUAAAUUUAAAUAUAUAUAUUGAUUUGUUCAGAA